AGAAUUAACAGGUGUCAAGAAGAGAAGCAGAGUGAUCAACAUCUAUUUGGUCAGCGUAGAGCAUAAGGAUUGUCGAUGUUCUGCUCCUAGCUUAUGGCUCGAUGAAUAACUUUGAAGAAAACAAUAGUAUUCUGUCUAACUAGUGUCCUUCUUUUUGGGCUCUCGGUGCUGGUGUAUGGACAUCUGACCCAACCCUCAGCGAUAAGGAGUUUUCCUAAACAAUUCAGACAGCAUGGAGGACAGUGAGGGGAGUGCAAAUGGUCGAACCAAGAUGCUUCCGCAAACAUUGGUCCUUGACCAUGUGUCUCCAGCCACUCGGCUGCUGGAGAAGCGGCGCCAAAUGUUCGAGGUGCAAGAGGCUUUGGAAGCGCAGAAACUUGAUUUCAACCGGAAGGAGGAAGUCUUCAAGCGGAGAGAGGAGGCUUUAAAGCUUAAGGACCUUGAGUUACAGGAGUCGCUCAUUCGGUUCAGUAAAUUCCUCCAGGAGAACGAUUCCAAGCGUGCACGGGCGGAGAAAAAGGCAGCGGAUGAAAUCAAAGCGAGACUACAAAAGGAGAAGGAAAUUGAGCAACUUACGGAUGUCUUGGAAGAGCUCAAAGCAGAAAAAGAGCGAAUCCUGGAGGUCCUUGAAAAGAACAUGCGGUAUCAGCAGUACCUGGAAUCCGUGUUGGAGGUGGCGGACGAGUAUCAGGAGGUGUCGGACCUGCUGCUGCGCCACGCCACUCUGUCCGCCACCAACGCCGACCUGAAGGACCACCAGCGGCGCUGCAGCGAGCUGGCGGAGAAGGUGCGCACGGAGCUGCAGAUCUACGUGAAGCAGAAGACGGAUGAGAUCCUCAACCUCAAUAACCAGGUUGCAAAGCUCAAGACGGAGCUGGAGGGCUACGAGGCGGAGGCCCUGGUUCAAGAAGCUAAAAAGGACUCGAGCUUGCAGAUCGCCAGCCAGCGCACUCUGGAGUACGGUCAGGUGGUGCUGUCCGCGGACAACAUCUUCAACCGCUGCCGCUCCAAGAGCUCCAUCGGUCACCCCGCGGAGUCCAAUCCGCUGCACCAAUUGGAUGUCAUCGGCAACUUCGUGUCCGACCUGGGGGUCAUCAUAAAGCAGUACAGGCUGGAGCAGGCCAAGCGCACACAAACGAGAACAGAGGAGUAGCGUGGGAGCCCCCGGGUCCGUGAAAAAAAUCCUUGUGGCUGUGGUGGUGGUGGUGAUGAUGCUGCGGGGCUGUUGUCGUGGGCGUAGGCGCCCGAUGGGUUCGGUUCGGUUUGCUACGAAGGGAUGUAUGGCAUCAUGUGUGGCGGAUUGGGUAUGGCGGCGGCGUGUAUUCGGGCUGAGGAUGUGAGCGGGGCACUGGGAGGGCGGUAAAACCGGCAGAACGCACCGAAACUACAGGUGCCACGAGAAGACACGGGAACGAACACCUUGAAGUUACCUAAAUGUGUGGUGGUAGUUCUGGUGGUGGUGAGCGCAAGCGUUGCUGGAACUUCCCACCGCCAGUUUGGAGCAGGUGUGCGAUGAGUGCACUAACACCGCUAGGUUUUGUAGGCAUUAGCAAAUUAAUUAGUACUUGGAUGAAUGACAUGGGAGGAAAGGGGCAGAUCACGGGGAUUUAACGGUGCAUACGCUCUAGGCGAUCGAGCAAACAGCGCACGCUUGUGCGAACGUGUGGAGGGUAGGUAUGUGGCUGCCCCACUUGCGAGAUCACCGUCGUGAGACCCGUGACGGGAGUCUGUGGGGAGUAGAGUCUGUGUGCCGGACGCAUGCUUAAUGACGGAACCAACCAGUGCAACUGCAACUGGUUUGCCGCUAGGCGUUACAUGUAUUUCUAUCGUUU